AUGCGUUUCUGGCACGCCUGGGGCCUGACCGGCUUAGCCAGCUUAGCACUUGCCCAAAGUGUGACAGUUGGCUCGAGUUCAGCCACGACGAUAUCGUCCAGUACUAGUUCUGCUGCAGUCACUGCGGCCGCGUCUUUGACCUCAUCAACUACUACCCCCUCAUCUCUUACCUCGUCUUCGGUGGUUGUCGUUGCUACCGACAGCUCCGGACAGUUUACUGCAAUCGGCGAUGCCAUCUCUUAUGCUCAGAAUCAAGGGAUUCCUACUGUCACUGUAAAAGCGGGAACCUAUACCCAAGCUGUCACUGUCUCUGCCACACCCUCCGUUACCAUCGUUGGCGAGACUGCCCAUGAAAACGACUAUGCGCAAAAUCAGGUCACAAUCUCUGCCGCCAGCCCUCUCGUCAUCUCCGUCAAUGUCCUCGGUAUCACAUUCAAAAACAUCAACUUUGUGAACACCGCGACGGGGAGCUACGGUGCGGCAACCAUCCGAGGAUCCAAGAAUGCAUUUUACCAAUGCCAGUUUGUGUCUGCCGGAAGCUUGGGCAUCACCGCCAAUUUGGGACUGGGUAUUAUUGCCAACAGCUAUAUCGAGGCCUUGGACAAGGUAAUCUACAGCUAUCCCAGUCUGUACAUCUACAACACCACAAUUGUGCCUGUUAGCUCCAGCGCUCUCCUUGUUUACAACAAGGGCUACACAUCUGGAACCACCCUGUACAACUCGACCGUCGUGUUUGAUUCUUGCUCUGUCCAGCAAAAGUCUGGAACGAGCAACAAGAACGUCUACUUGGCGGCAGCGAACAAUGCCGGGGGAUCUGUCGUCGUCUUCCGGAACACAUACCUCGCAAGUUUGAUUGCUGCUAGUGGCGUGCAUGUCGACACGGCCACUCAGAACACCCUCAAUUUCUAUGGUGAAUACGGAACCACGGGAGCAGGGUCUUACUCGAGCAAUCAGGCCUCGCGCUCGCAAUAUGUGUCUCUGAUGAGUGCGUCCGACCUGACCCGCUUUUCGAUAGACCGGGUAUUCGCCGGUGUCUAUCCGCAAUUUGCCUCGUCGUCUACCGACUGGGUGAACUCGAAUGUCCUGGCAGAGAUUGCAAGCUCAGACGUGAUUCAAACCUCGUCGACUGCCGUGGCCACAUCGACUGCGAUAUUGACAUCCUCCACCAGUGCUUCUGCGACGUCUACCGCAGCGACGCCGUCCUCAACCCUAGUUGUCUCCCAGGAUCCCACUGCGGGUCAGUACGCCAAUGUCAGUCAGGCCAUUGCAGCUCUGCCUAAUGAUGGUCAGGCAUACACAAUCUACAUCAAGGCAGGAACAUACACAGAGCAGAUUUCUAUUACGCGCGCAGGCAAGGUCACUCUUCGUGGUGAAACCUCCUUUGAGAAUGAUUAUACCCAAAACUUGGUUACUAUUCAGUUUUCGUACGGUGUCUUGACCAGUGCUGGUCAGGAUGAAAGCACUCCGGUUAUCUAUGCAAAGAAGACCGAUGGUUCAGGUCUCGCGCUGUACAAUAUCAACUUCGUCAACACGUAUCCUCAGACCAAGAACACCGCUGCUUUGGCUGCAGACUUUUACGGUUCAAACAUGGCUGCGUACGGUUGUUCCUUCAUCGGUUACCAAGAUACCCUCUUGGCUAAUAAAGGUACGCAAGUCUUCUCGAAUUGCUACAUCGAAGGAUCGGUCGAUUACAUCUGGGGUUUCUCGACUGCCUAUUUUCACCAGUGCUACAUCGCGGCGAAUACCGCAGGCGCGUGUAUCGCCGCCCAGAGUCGAUCCUCCUCCACUGCCGCUGGGGGUUACGUGUUUGACAGUUGUUAUGUGACCUACACCAACACGUACGGCACCACUUUCGGUCAAACGUACCUUGGAAGACCUUACUCGCAGUACAGUAUUGCCGUGUAUAUGAACUCCUACCUAGACAAGCACAUCAACAGCGCCGGAUGGAGCAUUUGGUCUACCAGCGCACCCCAAACUGACUAUGUCACUUUUGGAGAGUACAACAACUCGGGUCCUGGAGCCUGGUCGUCCAGCCGUGCGUCAUUUGCGACCAACCUUUCUGCAGAUGCUGCGAGCGCGUACACGCUCUCGUCCUGGAUUGGGGAUACAACCUGGUUGGACAUGACAGCGUAUAACUCUGUUCCUUCCUACAGCCUUACCGGAUCAUCUACGGGCACAAACACGAGCACUACCACUCCUACCACUACUGCUACUCCCUCCUCUACGGUGACUGCCUCGUGGGGACAUCCAACCAGCGGCACCACUCCCCCAGUAGGCGCGGUCAUUGUCUCUCAAGGUGGCUCUGUGAAUGAUUCCUAUAGCAAUUUGACGGCUGCAUUGGCUGCUCUGCCCAACGAUUCUUCCACCCAGAUCAUCUUCAUGUAUCCUGGCACCUACAAUGAGCAGGUGCCGUCGAUCAACCGAAAUGGGCCUGUUCAGAUCAUUGGUUAUCAGUCUGGAAAUCCUGGCGAGUCCUACAGCACGAACCAGGUCACUAUCACCUUUGCACGAGGCCUGUCUGUGUCUCCUCUGCCAACGGGUCACUCGGAUGCUGAGACGGCAACCCUGUUCACCGCCAGCAACAAGAUUGCGCUUUACAACAUCAACAUCAUCAACAGCGAUAAUUUGGACGGAUCGCAGUCGUCCUAUGUGACUCUCGCCGCAUCAAUUUACGGCUCGCAAAUUGGCUUCUAUGGCUGUAGCUUUAUCGGUUGGCAAGAUACCCUCUUGACGGGUAGUACGGCUGGAUAUCAAUACUACGAAUCAUGCUAUAUCGAGGGUGCAAUCGAUUUUAUCUGGGGAUACUCCAAGGCUUACUUCAAGGGAUGCACCAUCGGCGCCAAAAGAGCCAAAUCCGCCAUUACAGCGCAAAGUCGUGCGUCCUCUUCUGCUAUCGGUGGAUACAUAUUCGACGAGUGCACAUUCCAGGCAGCCCCGGAUGCCACGGUCGACCUCACCCAGACCGUAUACCUCGGCCGUCCGUACUCCGCGUAUGCGCUGGUGGUCGUCAAGAACUCGUACUUGAGCGAUAUUAUCCAGCCCUCUGGAUGGAAGGUCUGGAGUACCAGCGACCCCCGUACGGACCACAUCACAUUCGCCGAGUUCAACAAUUCAGGGCCGGGCAAUUGGGAGAAUAACGCGGCCGCUCGACAGGCUUUUGGCAAUUGUACUCUACUUACCUCUGACGCUUAUACACUUGAAGCAGUGAUGGGGUCAACUGACUGGAUCGAUCUGACAUAUUGGGACUCUGUUACUAUACCAACUGGGACCUCAACCGCUACGGCUACGGCGACUGCUAGUGCUACUGCUACCCCGGCUGCGUAUGAUGGAACUGUUCCUCCUGCUGGAGCCUACAUCGUGUCCAAGACGGCGAUUGAAAAUGUGACUACUUACGACACUAUCCAGAGUGCGCUCAACGCCCUACCCACCUCCACUAAAGUGACCCCCACGGUAUUCAUCUACCCGGGUAUCUACGAGGAGCAGCUCGUGCUUAACCGUUCCGGAACCACCAUCUUCGUUGGCUACUCGACGUCGACCUUCGACUACAACAGCAACCAGGUCACUAUCCAGUAUAAUGCUGGUGUCGAUACCCAGGCCGACCAGUCAAAUUCGGAUAGUGCCACCGUUUAUGCUACGGGUAACUACUUCCAGGCUAUCAACAUCAACUUUGUCAAUAACUUUGGCACCACUAAGAACUAUGCAUCUCUCGGUUUCGCGGUCAAGUCAAGCAAGUAUGCUGCUCUUUACGGUUGCCAGGUGAAGGGAAACCAGGAUGCUCUCUUGAUCAAUGGAUAUUUCUUUGCCAGCAACAGCUACAUCGAGGGGAACAUCGAUAUGAUAUGGGGAUCUGGAGCUGGUUACUUCCUCAAGUCAACCAUUGCGCCCAAUAAAGACGGCAUCAAUCUGACGGCUGAUAAACGCUCUACAAACACCACCGCCGCUGGGUUCGUCUUCGACCAGUGUACCAUCGUUCCCUCUACAGGCGCCGGGACAAUGUCCGACAUCUCGCUCGGCCGACCAUGGAACUCUUUCGCUCGGGUGGCAUAUGUGGAUUCAUACCUUGACUCGUGUGUGACCGCUGCUGGAUGGGAGCAGUGGUCCUCGAGUAGUCCAAACACCGAUGGAGUGGUGUUCGGAGAGUACGGUAACUAUGGGCCUGGGGCGUCCACUGCUCAGCGUGCGUCGUUUGCAACGCAGUUGGAUGCUAGCGGCGUUUCUCAGUUCCAGUUGUCAAGUUUCUUCGCGAUUACAUCUUGGAUUGAUUUCACCCAUGUCAGUGGAACUCCGUUCGUCCCCGGAAUCGCAAUCACUACAAGUAUGGCUGUAACCUCAGCCACGCCGACUUCAAGCGUCGCCGUUACACCAUCAACCGUGACAACUACAAUGACCGUGACGGAUCAGGAGACUGUGUACACUACUUUGACUUCCACCGAUAAGACUUCCACCGCCAGGUUUACCGUCACGGAAGAUGUGGGUACGAUUCUGACUGCAGCCGAAUCCUUCAAGACGACGACGCAGAAGACUACCAUCACGAGCACGGUAAUUGUCACUGAGCCAACGAAGACGAGCACGAAGAAGGUUGUCAUUACCAGUGAUGUCGGUCUCACCGUCACACCAGCUCAAAGCACGAAGACCAGCACGCUGAAGGGAACUACCACAGUCUUUGCAACAACUACCCAUGCACCGUCUACUGUCACUGUCAAGAGCACAUUGACCUCUUCCAGGACCACCACGGUGACAGCCAAAGCAGUAACGACAACUGCGACUGUGCUGAGCACAACAACCACUGUCUCGACCUCCACGCCAGGAACAGUCAAGGUGACUUCAACAGUCACCGUCACCAAGGGUACCGACGGCACUACCACUAUCACGGCCAAGGCUACCACAAGCACGGUGAGUGUCACUUCUACGGUCUCCAAGGCCAAGACUGUCACCACGACGAUCAGCUGUGUUCCAGCUGCAAAGGUGAAGCGGAAUCUAAUGCCUCGAGCUGUUGCCGCUGCGACUGUCACCGACUUCACCACUUUCACAACAAUUGUCAAGACAUCGACCGUCAAGCUUCCUGCAUCUACUGAUAUUGUCACUGUGGUCACCACCAAGACGACCGGAAAGACGACGACUAUCCCAGCGUCAACUAGCACCAUUACCGUUCUGUCGACUGUGACUAAGGGCACGACCAGUACCAUCCCAGCGGUAACAAGCUAUGUCACUCAGACAAGCAUGUCAACCGUCGGAAAGACUACCACCCUCCAGGCCUCUACCACCACGGUGACAGUUACCUCGCUCGCAACCAAGAUAUCCACUACCACCGUGGUUGGUGCAACACAGACCGUCACCAGCCUCAAGACAACAACAAUCCACUCGACCGUCUCGCUUCUUCGGAGCACAGUCACCGUGACCAAGUCGACCGUCUCGACAAUCAAAUCGACGGUCACGCUCGCCACUCCUACAAGCACGACUGUGAAGACGACGACAUAUAGUCUCAAGCCUUCGGCCACGGUUACUUCUCGGGCCACGAGUACCAAGACGACAACGGUAAAGAAGACAGUCACGCAGACGGAGACAGUGACCAAAACGUCCAAGGGAGCUGGACCCUGUCCUACCAACUAA